CGCGGUCUCUCAGCGGGAGCGGCGUUCGGCGGCUGUGCUGCCCGGCGCGGGCCCUGCCGCCUCUCACCUGCCCCGGCCCAGACGCUCUCCCUCCAUCUUUCCCUCUGGUGCGGCCGGACCUACCCGGGUGCGGCUGCGCUGAAGGUGCCCGGAGGUCGGACCUUAAAGGAAGACCACCGCCCUCGACGAAAGAAGAUCAUCUCAGAUGUUGAUAUGAGGUACUAAUAUUGAUAUGAAGUACGAGUCUUUCCAGGAUGAAUAAAGUAAAAAUGGCAUCAGAAAAAAGUGUAACUAACAAUUCUCGGAUUGGGAGCCUGUUAACACAACUGGAGAAGAACAAUGCAGAAUGUUUGGUGGAAGCAGAUACCACCAGAUAUGUUACAUCAAAGAUUCUUCACCUGGUUCAAAGUCAAGAAAAAAUCAAGAAGGAAAUGACUGCCAAAGGUUCAACAGGAAUAGAAGUUCUUCUCUCAACUUUAGAGAAUACAAGAGACCUCCAGGCUACACUAAAUAUCUUAAACAUCUUAAUUGAAUUGGUGGCAGUAGGCAGUAGCCGUAGAACAAGUGUCCUUGUUUCUAGAGGAGGGACACAGAUCUUAUUGCAGUUGCUUGUGAAUGUCAGCAAAGAAUCACCACCAAAUGAAGAAUUAAUGGUGCUACUUCAUUCUGUUCUUGCAAAAAUUGGUCCGAAAGAUAGAAAAUUUGGAGUAAAAGCCAGAAUUAAUGGUGCUUUAAAUAUAACGCUGAAUAUAGUGAAACAAAACUUACAGAAUCAAAGGUUAAUACUGCCUUGUCUCCAAGUGUUACGAGUAUACUCAACUAAUUCUGUAAAUGCUGUGUCAUUGGGUAAGAAUGGAGUUGUGGAGUUGAUAUUUAAGAUAAUUGGUCCUUUUAGCAAGAAGAAUACUGGUCUUAUGAAGGUUGCUUUAGACACCCUUGCUGCAUUGCUAAAAUCAAAAACGAAUGCAAGGAGAGCUGUAGACAGAGGAUAUGUCCAAACACUUUUAACAAUUUAUGUAGACUGGCACCGUCAUGAUAGCCGGCAUAGGCACAUGUUGAUCCGCAAAGGAAUCUUGCAGUCUAUUAAAAGUGUUACAAAUAUCAAGUUGGGCAGAAAAGCGUUUCUUGAUGUCAAUGGAAUGAAAAUUUUGUACAACACUUCACAAGAAUGCCUUGCAGUAAGAACUCUUGAUCCACUAGUCAACACUUCCAGUUUAAUAAUGAGAAAAUGCUAUCCUAAAAAUCGUCUUCCACUACCAACCAUUAAAAGUGCUUUCCAUUUUCAACUGCCUAUCAUCCCUGUUAAUGGACCAGUGUAUCAACUGUAUAGUUUGCCUCCUGAAGUGGAUGACGUAGUAGAUGAAAGUGAUGACAAUGAUGACACUGAAACAGAAUCUGAGGUUGAAAAUGAUAAUGAAGAUGACAUAGAUCAACAUUUUAAGAAUGAUGAUAUAGAGACAGAUAUCAGCAAAUUGAAACCAAAGCAGGAAUUGGGACGACCAAUAGAAGAACUGAAGAUGUAUGAACAGUUUUUCCCAGAACUUAUAGAAGACUUUCAGGAAUAUGAUCUAGUUUCCAAGGAACCAAAGCCUUUUUCAACCAAUAUCACCCUCGGAGGGCCUAUUGUUGUUCCUACUGCAGGAGAGGAUCAGCCUCAGGCAAACCAUGCAAUAGAAAUGCCUGUGAAGGAUAGUCAUCCUCAACAAACAGAGGAUUCUAAGAAAAGACCAAUCUUUUUGGGUCUGGUACAGAAUGAUAGUAGCAUGGACAAUAGUUUACAGCAUCAAAGUGAUCAAAUGAAAUUGCUUUCAUCAUCAUGCCAGUGCCUAAACCAUGAAAUAGUUAAAGACUUUGACAGAAUUUCUUUGCAAAAUACUUCCAAAAAUGAACAAUCUUACACGACAAGGGCCAUGACCAAAAAAGAGUGUAAAACUAGCCUUAGUGAAAUUACCUGUAAUAAACCUUUUCAGCAUGUUUCAUCCUGUGGAAGUGUUUUGUUUGAGGGACGGUCUGUCCAGCUGGGAAAGCUGUGCUGUGCUGGACCUGAUCCUGAAGAGGAAGAUGUUUCCUGCUCAAUUUCUUUGGGAGACCAAGUCGUGCUUGAGGUGCCUGAUACAUUACAACUGCAUGACCCAGAACUUUAUAUUGAGGUAGUGAAAACUACGAAGUCUGUUCCUGAGUAUUCAGAAGUGGCAUAUCCUGAUUAUUUUGGACACAUUCCACCUCCAUUUAAAGAGCCCAUUCUUGAAAGACCCUAUGGUGUACAGAGGAAGAAGAGAAUGGCUGCCAGUCACAUGCGAACUCUGAUGACAAAAAUUGCCCAAGAUAUUGAAAGACUGAUUCAUCCUAAUGAUAUCAUAGACAGAGUUGUUUAUGACCUUGAUAAUCUCAGUUGUCUAGUGCCAGAUGAAGGAGAUGUCUUGAAGUUUAACUCCAAAUUUGAAUCUGGAAAUUUACGCAAAGUUAUUCAGAUCAGAAAAAAUGAGUAUGAUCUCAUUCUGAACUCUGAUAUAAACAGCAAUCAUUAUCACCAGUGGUUUUACUUUGAAGUCAGCGGAAUGCGGACAGGCAUUGUUUACCGAUUUAAUAUAAUCAACUGUGAAAAGACAAACAGUCAGUUUAAUUAUGGUAUGCAACCCCUCAUGUACUCUGUUCAAGAGGCACUAAGUGGCCAUCCCUGGUGGAUUCGUGUAGGAACAGAUAUUUGUUACUACAAGAAUCAUUUUUCAAGAAGUUCAAUUGCAGCAGGAGGUCAGAAGGGAAAAUCCUACUACACAAUUACCUUCACAGUCAGCUUCCUGCAUAAGGAUGAUGUUUGUUACUUUGCUUACCAUUAUCCAUAUACAUAUUCAGCUUUAAUGAUGCAUCUCCAAAAAUUGGAAUCUACACACAAUCCUCAGCAGAUAUAUUUUCGACAAGAUGCUUUGUGUGAGACCCUCUCCGGAAACAGCUGUCCUAUAGUAACUAUAACAGCCAUGCCAGAAUCAAAUUACUAUGAACAUAUCUGUCAAUUCAGAAACCGUCCUUAUAUUUUCUUAUCUGCUCGUGUACAUCCUGGAGAGACUAAUGCAAGCUGGGUUAUGAAGGGAACAUUGGAAUAUCUCAUGAGUAAUACUCCUGCUGCACAGAGCUUACGUGAAUCGUAUAUUUUUAAAAUUGUACCAAUGCUUAAUCCGGAUGGAGUUAUCAAUGGAAAUCAUCGCUGUUCUUUAAGUGGGGAGGACUUGAAUAGGCAAUGGCAAAACCCAAACCCAGAUCUGCAUCCCACAAUUUAUCAUGCCAAAGGCCUGCUCCAGUAUUUGGCUGCUAUAAAACGUUUGCCACUGGUUUUUUGUGAUUAUCAUGGUCAUUCUCGCAAGAAAAAUGUGUUUAUGUACGGCUGCAGCAUCAAGGAAACAAUGUGGCAUACUAAUGUUAGUGCUGCCUCUUGUGACGUGGUUGAAGACCUUGGUUAUAGGACUCUUCCUAAGGUUCUGAGUCAGUCUGCCCCAGCAUUCUGCAUGAGCAGUUGCAGUUUUGUGGUGGAAAAGUCCAAGGAGUCUACAGCACGUGUUGUUGUCUGGAGAGAGAUAGGUGUUCAGAGGAGUUACACCAUGGAAAGCACCUUAUGUGGAUGUGAUCAGGGGAAAUACAAGGGCUUACAAAUUGGAACACAUGAACUGGAAGAGAUGGGAGCCAAGUUUUGUUCUGGUUUGUUGCGUUUGAAAAGAUUGACAUCACCACUGGAAUACAACCUGCCAUCUACUCUCUUUGACAUUGAAAAUGAAUUGAUUGAAUCAAGUUGUAAAGUGACAAGCCCCACUACUUACGUUUUGGAAGAAGAUGAACCUCACUUCCUUGAAGAGGUGGAUUACAGUGCAGAGAGCAAUGAUGAGCCGGAUGUUGAAUUGGCAAAUAAUGCUGGUGAUUUUGAGCCCUGUCUUCAAGAAGAUGGACUUUCUGACUCUGAAAUUACAAGGACACAUUUACCUUGAGACAUCCUUGGGACAUGAAGAAGAAAUUAAAUAAUGUGGCUUAUUUAAGAUGGGCAUGGAGGGUUAUUUAAUUUUGGGACUUCGCUCAAGCAAUUUAACUGCAGUCAGUCUAGUUCAAAAACAAUAAAUGUUUCUGGCUUUUAAAUUAAUUGACACUUGUUUUAUUUAAAUACUGUAGUUCUUAUCCUUAGCACCAAAUUGCUUUAUCACUUGAUUGCCUGCUAAAUAUUUUUGCAUGGCUUUUUGUAUUCAUCCCUACAGUCACCAAAAAAUUAUAAAGCUAUUUGUAUAUCAGAGGGCAAAAGCUAAAACUUAUACCUUGGGACAGUGGCUGCUGAGCUAGUUACUGAAACUCCACAAACACAGUUACAUUGAAAUAAUUUUGUGUGUGAGUGUGUGCUGAUACUAUUUUCCUUCAAAUUUUGUGUUUUGUGUUUUGGCAUAAUGCAGGGCUUGCUCGGGACUAGUUUAUUUUGCACUUAAAUUUAAAAAAGGAUGUACUGACUGGUAUAUAUUUUCAGCCUUAAAUAAAAUUUAAUUAGAGGGUUUUUACUAACCAUUCUUGAUUUUAAAAAAUACAAUGAUGGCUACAUUUCUAAUUAAAGGAGAAAUUGUGUUUUGCACAAUGGUUCCAUUUGCUAGGUAAUAAUUUUAGUGGCUUUACAAACAGGUACAUCUGUAUCUGGAUUAUACCACCUCAGCCUACAGGUGGAAAUUUACAGGACUGAAUGCUUCUCUAUAAGAAAACAGUUACUACACAUAGCCAGCAUGUCAGGGAGAAGGGUAGCCAGGAAUUUCUUUUCCUUGACAUCUAGUUUCUCAGUGCAGGGAUUUGUUGUAUGGAGAAGCAUUCAAUCAUUUGAGCCCCCACCUGCAUUUUAAGGUGGUUUAGUGAGAGACAGCUCUACCACCUCAUCUGUUUUUUGUGAGAAGUAGACCUCAUGUGCCCAUACAUACUAUAAAUUAUAUAUUUAUAUAAAGUUCAUAAUUAAAGCACAUACCCAAGUUCCUCUUGAAUAAAUAGUUGAUAUGAAACUUGGAGCAAACGUGUUCUUGGUAAGCAUAAGUAUAAACAUUUAAUUGUCUGUAUAUUUAGUGUCUAAUGGCUAUUUUCUUUCCCUUAUUUGAUAUGCACUUAGCUAAAAUGAGCUCUAUGUGCUCUGGAUAUAUGUUUAUAUGUUUUAUAUAUGAUUUUUUUAUAGAGGGAUUUGGUCUGAAGUUUCUUCACAGCAGACUUAAAUUGUUAUACCACUAGAAUUUACUUUGCGUGUAAUCCAGAGAAAAGUAAGCAUGCUUGAUGAUUUUAAAGAAGGUAGCUAAGCGCGCAGACAUGUUGGACUCCUGAAUUUUCAAAUGCUUUAAAGUGUACCUAAUUUUGUCUGGAGUCUGCUCUCCCCCACUCCACAAUCCUGCUUUACUGAGAUAUUAUGGAUCAAAGGAGAUACAGAACUGGAACCAAGUCGUUAAUACUGAAGAGGGCAAUUCUUCACAUGUGAUUUUCAGCAGUGAAUCUUCCUAAACACAACCCACCCGAUUCCAACGCGCCUUGUUUCAGAAAGUAGUACGAGUGGGAUGGGUUUGAAUUUUUAUUUUUUGAAAACCAAACCCAACUACUUGCUUAGCGUAAAGAGGAAUAAUCUUAUUAUAUGAUUUAAUAAAUUGAAGAAACAAAAUAUUUUGAACAGAAAUAUGAGAACCAAUAUUUUAUUCAUGGGUUCAAAGUCAUGAACAGUAGUUCCAAACAACACAGCACUGCGGGGUGUUGUGCUAAUACACCUCUUCAACCUCAGCAAAACCAGCUUAUACCUGGAUUCCAGAGAAUGCAGAGAUAAAAGAAAAUAAUAAGAGCAAUGGUGGAUCAGACUACAGUCUGUUCACACAGUAGCCAAUCAGCUGUCUGGAAACCCCCAACCCCCCACAAAUAGGACAUAGUGCAAGAGCACCAUACCGCUCGUGUCCCUCAGCAACUGGUGUACAGAGACCUCUGAUACUGAAGGUAGCAUAUACCAUCAUGACUAGUAGCCAUUGGCUUGUCCUCUGGGGACAUGCUGGGUUUACAACUCUGGCCUGGAGGCAACAGUAGCAUGGAAGCAGUACCCUGGAAGCAGUUUGACAGCAGACCCCAAUAUUCUCCAGUCCUCAACAUUUAUUUGAGGGGGUGUCAAUGGAGCACUUUGUAGUGCCGUCUAGUGCAACAAAAUUGUGAAUCAAGUACUUAAUUCAGACCUUUUACCAAAUGUAAGGGGGGCGUCAAAUAAAUGAAGUGAUCCUAUAGUUUUCUGGGGUUUGCAUUCUUAUAACAACUGAAUGUGGAAUGUGAGGGUUUAUAAAAUGUAAUUGGCAUAACAAGAUGUACUACUUUCCCCCGUUUUCUUAAUUUAAGAGGAUUUAACAAUCUUGCAGUUAAUCUUUUGAACAAUGGAAUAAUUUCUGGUUUGUUUUUUACCUUUGAAUAUUUUUAAAUCUAAUUUUGAUUUUACAAAAUAAUUUUUGAUGCAAGCUUGAUAUAAAACACAAAUACUGCAAAUCUAUAAAAUUGAGUUGUACUUUCUUUCAGCUUGUGAGGGUGUGCUGAUUUGGAAGGUAAAAGUUAUGUAUCAGUAUUUUUUUUCCAGUAAUACACUUCAAUGAAUGCUGGAAUCCUCCUUUUUUAAAUAUUGUACCUCUCAGGCAAAAGUUGCCAUUUGUGCCAACUUUCAGAUGUUAAUUUAAUGUGGAAUUCUACUUGUAGCUGAAUAAAGGCAGUAAAUAUUCAAUUUAUAUAAGGCUGCCAAAACACAAAAUACUUUGUACAAAAGCCAUGAAGCCCAGGUUUUUAAAUAAUUAUUCAUUGUAAUGCUGUUAAUGAUAAGUUGUGGCAAUAUUAUUGUGCAUGACCCCCCAGAUAUAUAAUUUCUCAAGUAAAAGUAUAAUAAAAUAAUUAUGAACA